CCGGCAUGACAUAACGGUUUGAUCACUCUGACAAUAAUGAAAGCUUGUGCUGACCAUCUCGUAAAAUCCUUGCGAGAUCACUCCUGUAAACUUUGUUGUUCAAUCAGAUCGUAAAUUUUGCUGCUUACAAUGUUGGCUCUUCGCAGUGCUGUUCUGGUAUCUACCAGAAAUGUUGCAGCUGUUCUGGGAUGUCGCAACAAGCAUACCCUGCCGGAUCUUCCGUACGACUUUGGCGCUCUGGAGCCGGUCAUCUGCCGUGAAAUCAUGGAGGUUCACCACCAGAAGCACCACAAUGCCUAUGUGACCAAUUUAAACGCCGCCGAGGAGCAGUUGGCGGAAGCCGUUGCAAAGAAGGACACUUCCAAGAUCAUUCAGCUGGGUGGUGCACUCAAGUUCAACGGCGGUGGUCACAUCAACCAUUCGAUUUUCUGGAAGAAUCUCUCGCCGGAACGCUCGGAUCCGUCGGCGGAGCUGAAGAAGCUGUUGGAGCGCGACUUCCACGGAUUGGAAAACUUCAAAAAGGAAAUGAAAGCCGCCGCUGUUGCCGUGCAGGGAUCCGGUUGGGCAUGGCUGGGCUAUAAUCAGAAGACGAAAGCCCUGCAGGUGGCCGCCUGCCCUAACCAGGACCCGCUGCAAGCUACUACGGGAUUGGUUCCACUGUUGGGAAUCGACGUUUGGGAGCAUGCGUACUAUUUGCAGUACAAAAAUCUCCGGCCGAACUACGUUGAUGCUAUUUGGGAUGUCGUCAACUGGAAGGAUGUUUCCGAACGUCUGGCCAAGGCACAAUAAACGAAGGGUAAGUUUGUGCUCGAAUAUGUUUGUGUAAUAAUAGCAGCUCUCAAAAUUUGUUCUACGUAGAGAGUAUCUUCGGAAUAAAGUAAUACAGGAAAUGCAAAA